AUGGUCUCACCACUACCUAUAUUUUCUCAGCCGCUUCCAAAGGUGAACAAUCAAAAACAAAUAAUCUAUCAGGCAAAAAUUGAUGAAGCUGCUCUUAGCAGUUUCAUGAUGAAGCAUGCAUGCUGUUAUUCCUUUUUCCCGGUCUUUGGCUGUUUACUAUUGCAACCAUGUCGCGCACUAUGUUGUGCACGACAUGAAGCGCAUUUGCAAGCUGCAGCGAUCAAAGUAACGCUAUACGAUGACGAUGUAGAAGUUCGUGCAGAAUCAUAUAUGCAGUGCUGCACUUGUUAUGGUGCCGGUGCGCCUCCACAACCACAAAAUCAUAUUGGUUUUUGUUGGCCCAGCCCGAAAAUGAUACGAAUUAUUCCAUUGGAUCAAAUAACUGAUGUAACAAUAUCGUCUACCUUUCAGUGUGAUCGCAUAUGUAUUACUUCUACUGUUAGUGCAAGACCGAAGGAUCUCGAUUAUGGCAUUGAUAUUAUCGGCUUGCAAGAUACAAAAGAUUUUAAAAAUGCAAUCCUAAAACAACAACGUCUGCGCAAGGAAACAGCCAAUGGACGGAUGUUACCACCAACUGACAGUUAA